CACCAGCACAACACAAUCACAGACAAGAUGAACACAGACAGGAGAAGAAACAAUGCGCCCAGUGGUGGUACGAGUGCGCCAGUAUUCGCGCGCACUAUAAGAGAGCCGCAGUACCUGGAAAAGCUGAGGCCGACAAGGUCAAGAGGCGCGAAUGAGCUUCGCAGGAUCUUCCUCCAAACAUCCAUCAUACCCUCAGCGUCGGGUUCUGCGUACCUCGAAAUACCCUCCUCCUCCCCCGCGACCAAGUCGACCCUCAUCCCGCCGACUUCAUCUCUCAAGAUCACGGCUUCUAUACAGGGCCCCAAGCCUCUUCCCCGUAGCGCGCCCUUCAGUCCUUCGCUCCUCCUUACAACCACGGUUAAGUUUGCGCCGUUCGCAACACGACAACGGCGAGGCUACAUACGUGAUUCGGCAGAGCGCGACCUGGGAGUUCAUCUAGAGACUGCGCUACGAGGUGUCAUCAUCGGAGAGAGAUGGCCCAAGAGCGGGGUUGAAGUUGUAGUCACCAUACUGGAAGGAGAUGAAGAUGGCUGGUGGGGAGAUUCUGCUAGCGGGGGCAGCGCUGCUGGGAGUGGAUGGGGUCUAUUGAACGUGCUAGCAGGAUGCAUCACGGUCGCCAGCGCUGCCAUAACGGACGCCGGGAUAGACUGCGUCGAUGUGGUGUGUGGAGGUGUCGCCGCGAUCACGCGAAACCCCGAGUCAAAACGAGAGCAAGAGCCGGCUAGAAUACUCGAUCCCUGUCCAGCGGAACACAAGGAGGUUGUUGCUGCCUGUGUAGUCGGAUACCUGGCUUCAAGAGACGAGAUCACAGAGAUAUGGAUGAAGGGGGACGUCGGCUCAGAUCCAGAUGCUUUGAUCGAGGGAGCCACGCAUGCCGCCGUUGGCAGUCUCGCAGUGGUCAAAGAAGUUCUGCUCGAAGCGCUGCAAGCCAAGUUCCGGGGUCAGAUCGAGGCGAGCGAAAGCGGUAUGAAAAGGAAGGCACAAGAUGUGGACAUGACAGGAUGAGGCGGAGCACCAGAAAGCUUGUUACACUGUCUCCAGUUCGCAGCUUUGAACACGCAAGAUAGCCAAACGCCAGGCGACUGGCGCCUCAACCGCCGACGCAAGGUCGUUGCCGAUAACGUCGACCCUCACCUGGUGGGUAAGCUUCGGAACGAUCUACAGAUUGUGGCCUCGUUGGUAUGGCGUUCUCAAAAUGCAUAGCUUCGGCGUUCAAAACCGCCCGAGCAGGACAAGCUCAUGCGUGUGGACCUCGAAGCCUAAACUUCGCGGCUAAGGGGACCCACUUGUAUCCACCUGGAGUAGACGUUGAGCCCAAGUGCAGAAACUACCUUAGCCGACAUGUAUAGAAUACGAUUUUGUCCGUCUG